AUGUCAAGAGUAAAGGAGAUAGCCGAUAUUAGUAAGGAGAUAAUUAAGAAACUAGAGGAAGCCAUAACCCAAACUGUUAAUGCUCGUCUUUUUUACGAAAAGUAUAAGUCACUGCUGGACGAAGCCAAAAGAAUACAUGAACAAAAAUAUAUUCGUUUAUGGGAUGAAAUUUAUAAACACGAAGCAGCCACUAGUCAAGAGCAAGCGCAAAAGGGUCAAGGUAAGGGACAAGAUUUUGAAAAAUGGUUUUAUGAAGAACUGGUUAAAGUAUUUGAUGGACAAGAUAGAAUCACGGACGUAAGCAAAGGACAAACAGGAAUGGGAAAAAGGGCUGACUUUCUUCAAGAAGUUUUAACUGAGACUGAACCAAAAAAAGUUGCCGGACGAAUUGUUUAUGAGACUAAAAAUACUGAAAAGUGA